AUGGCAUCUCCAAUUCCCCGGGGCCUCCGCCAGGUCCUCCAGAAGUCCCCCAAUGACAUUGUGAUCCUUUCCUCACUGCGUACCCCUGUGACUCGCGCGAAGAAAGGCGGCUUCAAAGAUGCGUACCCCGAAGAGCUCCUCGCCAAUGUUCUUAAGGCUACCCUCGAAGCGAACCCAAAACUCGACCCAGCCCUGAUCGAGGAAGUCGCAAUCGGCUCCGUUCUCCAAGAGCUCGGCGGUGCGAAGGCUGGCCGUAUGGCUCAGAUCCACGCUGGCUUCCCUCACACCGUUCCAUUCCAUACAAUCAACAGACAAUGUUCGUCCGGUCUCGCCGCUAUUUCCGCGAUCGGCAACGGAAUCCGGGCAGGCGCCCUCAACAUUGGUGUCGGUGGCGGAAUGGAGUCUAUGACCCGGAAUUACGGAUCUCGCGCUAUCCCCACCGUGCUCUGGCCCGAGCUUAAGGAGUCGCCGUCGAAGGACUCUCGGGAUUGCAUUAUGCCGAUGGGUAUCACCUCCGAGAACGUUGCUUCUCGUUACGGCAUCUCAAGGGAGGAUCAGGAUGUAUUCGCCGCUGCGUCGCACAAGAAGGCUACUGCUGCGCAGAACGCUGGUCUGUUCGACUCUGAAAUCGUGCCUGUGAAGACCCUCUCCUUUGACCCUGAAAACCCCGAUGCGCCCCCGAAGGAGGUUACCGUCACCAAGGAUGACGGGGUCCGCCCCAACAUCUCCGUCGAGAAGAUGGCCAGUCUGAAGCCAGCCUUUUCUCCGACUGGCGCCAGCACCGCCGGAAACAGCUCGCAGGUCAGCGACGGUGCUGCCGCUGCACUGCUCAUGCGCCGUUCCACCGCGACCGAACUCGGACUGACCUCCUCCAUCAAGGGCCGCUGGGUCGGCACCGCCGUUGCUGGUUGUGCUCCCGAUGAGAUGGGCGUUGGACCUGCUGUUGCCAUUCCCAAGCUCCUUCAGCAGCUCGACAUGAGCGUUUCGGAUGUCAACAUCUGGGAGAUCAACGAGGCCUUUGCCUCCCAGGCGCUCUACUCUAUUCGUAAGUUGGGUAUUGACGAGGCAAAGGUCAACCCUAAGGGUGGUGCUAUUGCCAUCGGCCACCCGCUCGGUGCGACUGGAGCUAGACAGCUCGCCACUCUCCUGCCCGAGCUGGAGCGUACCGGCCAGGAAGUCGGUGUUGUCAGCAUGUGCAUUGGAACGGGUAUGGGAAUGGCUGGUAUGUUUGUUCGGGAGUAG